UAUAUCAUUACACGCAACGAGAUCUUUGGCGCUCGCCCCGAUUCUUCUGCGCUCCUCAAAUCCCCAACCCUAAAGCUUCACUCCUCCACACUGCGCAAAUGGCAGAGCAGCUCACGGAGGAGCAGAUCGCUGAGUUCAAGGAAGCUUUCAGCCUUUUCGACAAGGACGGCGAUGGCUGUAUUACUACCAAAGAGUUGGGAACUGUGAUGAGAUCACUUGGUCAAAAUCCCACUGAGGCUGAACUACAAGAUAUGAUCAAUGAAGUUGAUGCUGAUCAGAAUGGCACAAUUGAUUUUCCUGAGUUUUUGAAUCUGAUGGCACGGAAAAUGAAGGACACUGAUUCUGAGGAGGAGCUCAAGGAAGCUUUCAAAGUAUUUGAUAAAGAUCAGAACGGGUUCAUUUCUGCUGCCGAGCUCCGUCAUGUGAUGACAAACCUCGGGGAGAAGCUGACAGACGAAGAGGUGGACGAGAUGAUACGCGAAGCAGACAUAGAUGGCGAUGGCCAAGUUAAUUAUGAGGAAUUUGUACGCAUGAUGCUGGCUAAGUGAGGUGCAAGUUUCUCAGAGUGAUGCUCAAAUAAUGUGAUACUAGGGGGGGUGUCAUCUCUCUUUCUACAUUCUAUAACAUGGUGGGGAUUUCUGUCUUUUCUAUUUGGUGGCAAGUGUUUUGUUGUGCGUUGCUAGCUUUUUCUACUCCUAGUCUAUUACUCCGUAUUAGUAAUAGUGUAAUACAUAUAUAUAUCCAACUAUCCAAGUAUGCAACAAAGGGGAAAAAAAGCUAGGCACUAGGCAGGCAUGUACAGCCCUAUGUUACUGGCUAAUUACUUGCUUAUUUACUGCAUGCCUUUUCUUCUAAUGAUAUUUGCACUGGUUUAAAUUA